CUUAUUUGUUUACGAAACAUUUUCACUAUUUAUCUGAGUUAAAUCUAUAUUCUUAAGAGUCAUUAAUACUUUAAUCAUGGCUAUCAGAGCACAGUUUGAAGGGAACAAUGAAAUUGGUGUAUUUUCUAAACUGACAAAUGCAUAUUGCUUGGUGGCGAUUGGGGGAGCAGAAAAUUUUUACAGUAUAUUUGAAGGAGAAUUAGGUGAAACUAUUCCAGUAGUUCAUGCUAGUAUUGCAGGAUGUCGUAUUGUAGGUCGUCUCACAGUAGGAAAUCGCCAUGGUCUUUUAGUUCCAAAUACCACUACAGAUCAAGAAUUACAGCACAUACGAAAUUCAUUACCUGAUUCUGUUAAGUUGCAGCGAGUAGAAGAAAGGUUAUCUGCUCUUGGUAAUGUAAUCGCUUGUAAUGACUACUGUGCUUUAGUUCAUCCAGACUUAGAUAGGGAAACAGAAGAAAUAAUUACUGAUGUUUUAAAAGUUGAAGUAUUUCGACAUACAGUAGCUAGUAAUGCCCUAGUUGGUAGUUAUUGUACAUUUAGUAAUCAGGGUGGUUUAGUACAUCCUAAAACAAAUAUGGCAGACCAAGAUGAAUUGUCAUCAUUAUUACAAGUUCCUUUAGUGGCUGGUACAGUAAAUCGUGGUAGUGACGUGUUAGGUGGUGGAUUAGUGGUAAAUGAUUGGAUAGCAUUUUGUGGUCUUGAUACAACAGCUACAGAAGUCUCAGUUAUAGAGAGUGUAUUUAAAAUAGGAGACAAUCAACCCAGUAAAAUACAAACAGAAAUGAGAGAUUCUUUACUGGACAGUUUAACGUAAAGAGCUACUACAGUGCGAAAUUAUCAGUGCUAUUGGAUAUAUGAGAGUUGGUAUGGUGAAUUGAAUAAUGAAAAUUCCUCUCUCAAAGACACAGUUAACACUUAAUUUGUACCAUACUCCAAAGUAUAAAUCUAUCACAAGAGGGAAAUACUAAUGAUGGUGGUUGUAACUAUCUGUAUAAAGUAAUACAAACAAUAUUUUAAAGAUGUUCAUGUGUUCAUGGAGCUUCUUACAAUGGCAAAUUUAAUGGCUGUCAUUAACUAAAAUGAUGUAAAAUGUCAGAUGUAUGCAGGUGGACUCUUAAUUUUUAAGCAAAUUUGUCUAAAUAUAAUAAAAGAAUUAAAUGGUGAGGAAAAUUUUAACAGUAAUUUUCGGUAUGAUAGUUAAGGAUACUUGUGGCAAAAUAUAUUCUGCUUUACAUAUGUUUUAUUAGCUCAUUGUAAUUCUCUUUAGAUAUAUUUCCUGUAUAAAUCUUUUAAAAAAUGAUUUAAUACAAAAAAUUGUGACCCUU